UCUGUUGUGGGUGGCUUCCUUUGCCUUAUGGCUCACGGAUCUGUCAGGGUGUUGUCAGGAACGGUGGCUGAAGACACCAUCUGCUUCCAGUUACACUGUGACAAUCUGCAGGACGACGUCCAAGAUGCAGCUCUGUAAGCUACUGCAGCAAGUAUAGAGGAGCCGGAGGAAAAAGGAGGCCGAACUUAGAAACUAAAGCCAGGACUUGGAUCUGACUUUUAACUGUGGUUGAGCUGAGUCACUCUAGCCGGCACAGUCAUGGAGCCGGGCUUGGAAAGUUUCACUUUUCCAUUACUUUGUGGAUUUCUGUCCUGUUAUUGGUUACUCUGAGUGACUAACAGCUGCUUCCAGUUUUAGGUUUGGAAAUUUAGUUCUCUGGUAAGACAUGAAGGAACUGCUGUAGAAGUGAAAGGAUCAAUCUUAUUUCUUUUCAACAAACUGGAGCGGAAACAGGUCGGAUUUUCAGAAGUGGUGAUAUGACUUUAUUGACUUAAACAUUUCUUGCAUUCAUGUAUUGAUAGUGAAUGGAAGUUGCAUGAUCCUGGAACCAGUUAUACAAAUUAGUGCAUGUCAUACAAAUGCACAUGACACCUUCUUAGACUGCAUUUUUCUGAUGUAAGAUAGCACAAUGUUGCACUUAAGUCUCAGAUAUGAGCAGUGUAAAUGGUAAGCACAAUGUUGAUGUUGUGGGAAAAACUUUUUAAGAACUUCCUGCUCGCUCCAUUCUGGAUAACUUCACCAUUUUCUUUAUGAGUGACCCUGACUCCCAGCAAAUGGAGGAGCAAAAAGCAAUCCUAAAAUUUUCCAGGACCUUCUCAGAGGAGCAAAAUGAGGACAUAAUGCAAGGAGACACUGAGCUGAGUUUUAAUCUAAAGAAAAAUGGGGAUAUGAGUUUUGAAGAUGGUCUGGAGAACAGUAGAAACUCCUUAUCAUAUGUUAUAUUGCCUCAUGAAGGAGAGAAGAUCACCUCUAACUUAGUGGGACAUAUAACUAGGAGAGAAGCAGGAAAUGACUCAGACAUGACAGAGGAGGAGAGGAAUAAUGUCAACCUAACAGAGCAGCAAAGUGUGGCUGUAAACACGAAAAAUGGCUCAGAGAAACAGACCUUUGCAACAAAUCACAAGCAGAAUAAGAUGCCAGACGAACAUGGUGACAAAGUUAAUGGUUGCAGCAACGCAGGUUGUCACAUAUCACUGGAUGAAUGUGCCUUGAACGAAUCUUUGCAACCAAAAUGUCAACACAUUUCAACUGACUGCACAAAUGCAGAUUGUGAUGGUGUUGCACCAAUUGCUGUUGAGCAGGAUGACACUAAGUAUGAAACUGCAGACAGCCAGGAAGAUUUUGUCACAAGUACUUCCAGUUUGGAUGUGGGGUUUGACCCUGAGGAAUCUGUGAAAAGUAGACCAUCUAAAACCCAACGUGUAGUGAUAACAGUGACUCGGACCGGACCUGGAGUUGAGGAACAGGUUGAACCAAUAGUAACACCAACCUUGGAGCAAACUGGUGGCCCUUCCUGCUUUAAAAAUUAUGAUGAAGAGGAGAGUACAGGUGCAGAGCAGGACAGCAAAGAAGAAAAAGAGAAACAAGAUGUAUUUCCAGACUAUUCCGCCCAAGCCCACUAUCCUCCCAGCCCAAAAGACACUUCACCAAAUAUUUUCAUAACAUCUGCAGCUGUAGCCAACAACCCUCCACCUGGAUCCACCAUUACCAGAGCCACCUUCUCCCCAGGCUCCCCCACAGACAAGCAGAUCCAGCUCCCUGCUCUCUUCAGCAGCCUGAGGGUCCUGAGGAAGGGGGUAGUCGGGGCCGAGCAUGACACCGUGGCCCAGAUCAAACCUUCAUCUCAAGGAGCAAGGAGGGAUAUUUUCCCCGAGAAGCAAGGGGAUGCUAAAACUCAGGGGAGCUUCCUGGACCAGAUCUCCCAGUUCCUGAGCCGGGAAAAGAGAGGAGAUGAGAAAGAGGAGAAGAAGGAAAUGGAGGCUGAGGGAGACCAGGUCGACACCAGAGAGGAGAAUGAGAAUGAAGAAAGUCAAGAGGGUGAGAGGAAAAAACUUGAACCAGAGGAGGAUGAGAAUGAAGAAAGUCAAGAGGGCGAGAGGAAAGAACUUGAAACAGAGGACAAUUCAGAUGUUUCAUUCAAGUCUACGAAACCUUCUGUGUCCAGUGCAGAGGCAGCAUUCGAUGCCUUCAAAGCUUUUUUCACCCCAAAGCCUUUGAAGAAGGACCCAGCAGAGAAGAUGGACAUGGAGGCAGUGAGGAAGAGGAUCAGAACAGAUAAAGAUGUGCUGAGAGCGCUUUUUGAGAGAACCUCCAAUAAGACAACAGAGAAGAAAGACUCACCUGACUGCAAAUCAGAAGCCUCCACCCCCGGAGAGGGAGAAGAAAGAACUCCUGGACGUCUACAAGCCGUCUGGCCGCCACUUAAGGAGGAAAAAGUUGGGCUGAAGUACACUGAAGCAGAGCACCAGGCUGCUCUCCUGCAGCUGAAGAGAGAAUGCAAAGAGGAGCUGGAGAAGUUACAGGAGGACUAUGGUCAGGAACUCUCCAGACUGCGGGUGGAAAACGAGGACAGUGUCGCCCGUCUGGAGUUCACUCUGGCCGAGCUGCAGGCCAAACUCUCCCAGGUUGGGCCCCGCCAUCAUGGGGAACUCAAAGAUGUCGCUGUCUCAACGGGAGACGACUUUUUACACAAAUCCUUCCGCACAGUCUGCAUCCAGACAGACCGAGAGACAUUUGUUAAGACUCCUGAGGAUGGAGAAGGUACGGGGAGAGCCUGCACGAGCCCUCAGUUACAGAAGGUGACCCCCAAAAAGCUGGACCUGGCUUCUAUCAGCCACAGCCUGGCCGGUCAGAGGGACGACACUUUGUCUUCCUCAUCGACGCUUGACCCUCCAUCCCAAACUCUCCCUCCUCCUGGAGCCACGCUACCUCUAUCAGAACAACCACCUGCUCCUUCUCAGACAAUGUUACCGACCAAAACAGACAAUCUGCCUCCUCCUCCACCAAGUUUGUCUUCACCCCUAAACCACAUGCAGCCGUCAAAUGGCCCUCCACCACCACCACCACCUCCUCCGCCACCUCCACCAUCUAUGCCAGGCUUAGCUCCCCCACCACCUCCUCCUCCUCCUCCAUCUAUGCCAGGCUUAGCUCCCCCACCACCUCCUCCUCCUCCAGGUGGGGGUCUCAUGGUUGAUAAACCUCCCAGGAAACCAGCAGUGGAGCCAUCCCAACCCAUGAGGCCUCUUUACUGGACCAGAAUCCAGAUCCAGGACAACAAUACCAACACACUGUGGAACAUUUUAGAGGAACCAAAUAUAAUAAAUCCCAGAGAGUUUGAGGAUCUCUUCGCCAAAACCAGCACACAGACCAAGAGGAAGCCGCUGUCAGAGGCUUAUGAGAAGAAAGCCAAAGCCAAGAAGAUCAUUAAGCUGUUGGACGGGAAGCGCUCUCAGGCCGUGGGCAUCCUCAUAUCGAGCCUCCACCUGGAGAUGAAAGAUAUACAACAAGCUGUACUGACAGUGGACCACUCUGUGGUGGACUUGGAGACCAUUGAAGCACUGUAUGAAAAUAUUUUAUUGUCAAUGUGUCAGAGAGCGCAACCAGAGGAACUGGAGAGAAUCAAGAAACACUACGAGACGUCAGAGGAAGAGGAAGUUAAACUGCUGGACAAACCCGAACAGUUCCUGUAUGAGCUGUGUCAGAUCCCAGACUUUGCAGGCAGAGCACACUGCAUCAUCUUCCAGUCGGCCUUUAUCGAUGGGAUCACUUCCAUCCAACGCAAGCUCAACACAGUCUCCUCUGUCUGUGAGGCUCUGCUGGAGAGCGAUGGUGUGAGGGGAGUGGUGGGAUUGGUGUUGGCUCUGGGGAACCACAUGAACGGAGGCAGCAGGGUCAGAGGUCAGGCUGACGGCUUUGGCCUGGAGAUUCUACCUAAACUGAAGGAUGUGAAGAGCCGGGACAAUCGUAUCAGCCUGGUGGACUAUGUGGUGUCAUACUACCUGCACAACGUGGAUAAGAAUGCCGGCACAGACAAGAGUAUAUUCCCACUUCCUGAACCUCAGGACGUCUUCCUGGCAGCACAGGUCAAGUUUGAUGAUCUCAACAGAGACCUGAGACAGCUUGGACGAGAUCUGACAAGAUGUGAGAAAGACGUACAGAAGGUUUGUUCUGAUUCUCCUGAAGAACACCUGCAGCCGUUUAAGGACAAGAUGGAGGCUUUUGUUCUCAGCGCACGAAAAGAACAUGCAGAAGCUUCCUAUCAGUUGAUGACUGUACAAAAAAGUUUUCAGGACUUGGCUAUGUACUUUGGACUGAAGCCCAAGACGGGAGAGAAGGAGGUGACCACUGGCCAUUUCUUCAUGCUCUGGUUUGAGUUUUGUGCCGACUUCAAGGCCAGGUGGAAGAGGGAGAACAAGAGCAUCUCUAAAGAGAGAUUAAAAGAGGCUCAGCUGUCAGUGAAGAGGAUCACAGGAGAGAAGAAGGUUGAGACCAGAAAGAUCAACCCCAACAGUUUGAAAGAGCGACUGCGUCAGAAAGAAGCCAACAUGUCUUCAACUUAAGAGACUCAGGAGGUAUAAAAGUGCUACGGUCACACAACCAUCUUCACCAAGCUGUAUCAGACUGGAUGUGGACCAUGAGACCAAACCAAUACUUUUCACAUUUUUUUUACAGAGUUUAUUUGUCUUACACUCCAUGGAGUACUUGCAUUAAUCAGCUGACAGCUUUAUGUAAUAUAAUUUGCUACCUAAAAAUGUGUAUAAAUGUGUGAAAAAAUCUCAUGUGCAAUAUGUAGACAUCAGCUUCCACUGUGUAUAGAUUCUCAUAUUGCACUUACAUUUUGCAUUGAUUCUGACAUGUAAAGUUUAAUCUUUUCAAUAUUUUACCAGAAAUAAAAUCACUGAUCAGAAAAUA